AUGGCUCACACCGACACCCUCAUCGAGCUGGCCAAGGCCCGCCGUACCAUCUAUAAGCUCUCCAACCAGAGCCCCGUGCCAGAUGCCAAGAUCGAGGAGCUCGUGAAUGCUGCCAUCGAAAAUGUCCCUAGUUCGUUCAACACCCAGUCGACCCGCCUGGUCGUCCUCCUGCAUGAGGAGCACGAGAAGCUGUGGGACGUAGUUAUCGAGGUCUUCGCCGGUCUUGUCAAGACAGGUACCAUCCCUGAGGACUUGUGGAAGAACCAGACCUUGCCCAAGCUGCAGGGUCUGAAGGCUGCUGUUGGAACAAUCCUGUUCUACGAGGACCCGGCUCACAUCAAGCCCUUCAGUGAGAAAUUCGCUCUCUACAAGGACCAUUUCGAGCCCUGGGCCAGGGACUCCAAUGCCAUGCACCAGUACUUCCUCUGGGUCGGCCUCGAGUCCCUCGGUUUCGGCGCCAACCUUCAGCACUACAACCCUCUUAUUGACGCCCAGGUUGCUCAGAAGUGGAACGUCCCUGCAGAGUGGAAGCUGAUCGCACAGCUUGUCUUUGGCAAGCCUGAGGGCCAGCCCGGCGAGAAGACGCAAAAGCCCAUCAACGAGCGCGUCAAGAUCUACGGAAAGAUCUAG